AUGGAGGAAGUGAUUGGCCCCAGAUUGUACUGUUGCUCUAAUUGUAGAAACCAUGUUGCUCUUCAUGAUGAUGUGAUUUCAAAGGCCUUUCAGGGGAAAAGUGGACGAGCUUUUCUGUUUGGUCAUGCACUGAAUGUAAGUGUAGGAGCAAGAGAAGACAGGGAACUAAUGACAGGUCUCCACAGUGUGGCUGAUGUGUACUGUUCUGACUGCCAUGAGGUUCUUGGUUGGAAGUAUGAACGAGCCUAUGAGGAAUCUCAGAAGUACAAGGAAGGCAAGUUUGUACUUGAGAAGGCUAAAAUUGUCAGGGAAAACUUCUAG